ACGGAAGCUCUAGAAAAGUCCAGAGGUGGGAGGGGCGUGGCUUGAGGCUCCGCCUAUUGCGCUCCAGCAUCAGUCAAUCGAGGGGAGGGGCGUGGUUUCAGGCUCCGCUCCAGUCAGAGAACAGCACACAGUCAAACCCCGGGAGAACAUACCAGAAACCCCGAUCACACUCACACACAGCCGCCAGAGCCAUGCAUCCAGCAACUGCGAAGUGGUACGACAGACGAGACUGUGUCUUCAUUGAGUUCUUGGUGGAGGACAGCAAGGAUGUGAAUGUCAAUUUUGAAAAGUCCAAAUUUGGUUUCAGCUGUCUCAGCGGGACAGAUAACAUGAAGUACUCAAAUGAAAUUGACCUCUUUGAAUCCAUCGAUCAAGAUGGGUCCAAACACAGGCGUACAGACCGGUCGAUCUUGUGCUGUUUACAGAAAGCGGAGUCUGGGAAAUCCUGGCCCAGGUUAACAAAAGACAAAGCAAAGCUCAACUGGCUUAGUGUUGACUUCAACAACUGGAAAGACUGGGAGGAUGAUUCAGAUGAAGAUUUGGGCAACUAUGACCGCUUUUCAGAGAUGAUGGGCAACAUGGGAGGAGAAGAUGAUUUACCUGACCUAGAUGGAGCAGAUGAUGAAUCAGCUGAUAGUGAUGAUGAAAAAAUGCCAGAUCUGGAAUAAGCGACUGGCACGCUGUGGACAGACAGAGGAGGAGAGGAGAGGGGGAUGACAUAAUAAAAUGAGGAACGCCGUCACCUAAAUACUACAUGAUCUGAACGAGAGCAAAGCUGGAUUCAAUGAUUGAGUUCAUGAGCAUCACCUCUGUCUCAGUGGCUGCACUCCAGAAGUUUGUCAUAAACCUCUGUUGGGAGAUAAUAUGCAUAUUGUUGUACAGAGCUUCGUUGUCCCUCUCCUUAUGACCAGUCCUGGCUUUUUUUUUGUUUUUUAAAUCUGUACUAAAAACAUGUAUACUUAAACUGUUUGGAAAAACUGCACUGUAUUCGUAUUUUUUUUCAACCAAAAAGCAAUAGAUGGAAAGUAACUUUUUUUCAUUGUAAGGCAUUGAAAUUAAAGUGAAACGUUGCAGAGGUGGAGAGAGUUUGUGUCUCGCAAAUCUUGUGGUUAAAGCAUAAAAAUGAUUAUGGAUUUUGGAAAUUGUAAGUUCACACUGCCCUAAUAUACAGUAUUUCUUUUCAUGUCUCUUGAGGUGGUACCAGAUUUGUUGGAUGUAGAUGUUUUCUGACUCUCUCUGAAGUCUAUAUUAGCUCUGUAUUUGGUAUUGGACCAUUAAUGUCAUGCAUAUUGUGACUGCAGUAUGAUAUUCGAUGUCUUCAAAUGUAAAAAAAAUGGAGAAACCGAAAGGUAUUGUAUGUUUCCCAUCAAAUCUAAAAAAGACCAAAUAAGUUUGCGCUAUCAAAAUUAGGUGCUGGUCAGGGCUAUGUUUGUGCAUAUUGCUAGGCUCCUAUCACUGCUUUCAAAAGAAAGAAAAAAAUGCUUUUGGUUUUGUCUACAUAUUUCUAAUAAACUACUCGAGGCUUA